AUGAGGGCCAAUCAGCUAAAUCGCAGAAGAAAUAAAACGCCAGAAGCUCACCUCCCCAAAGCUCAGAAGCCUCUCCCUCUGGAGGCUCAUCAUCUCAUACCGAAUGUCCCGCUCAAAGCGAUCCAGAGUCUCCUCCUCCUCCUCCUCCUCCCCCGCGCCGCCGCCGCCGCCGACGCCAUUGCCGCCGACAAAUCCCGCCGCCCAGGAGGAGCUCCUCCUCCCGGCCUCCCCGACCACCUCGCCCACCUCUCGCCUCUCCUCUCCCCUCCUCCUCUUCUCAGUCUCCCGCUCCUGGCGCAGCCUCCUCUCCUCCACCUCCCCCUACCCAACCUCUACGCCCUCCUCUCGGCCCCGACCCGGACCCGAUCUCCCUCUCCUCCUUCACCGGUGACCGGCAAGUGGGCCCGCUCCGCGCCCUCCCUCCCCAGCCCCCACUCACCCGACCCCUCCUUCGUCGCCCGCCGCCUCCCCGUCCAGUCCGCAUCCGCCGGCAAACUGGUCCUCGUCUCGCCACCGCCGCGGCCUCUCCCCGCCUCCCCAGCCCUCGUCUUCGACCCCUCGGCUCCCGCUGGCACCUGGGCCCGAGAUCCCUCCCCCCGCCGCUGGUGCGCCGUCGGAUCCCGCCGCAGGAGGGUCUACGUGGCGUCCGGCGUCGGGUCCGAGUACAGCUCCGAGCUCGCGAGGUCGGCCGAGAAGUGGGACCUGAAACGGGCCGGGUCCGGGUGGGAGCCUCUGAGCCCGUUGAGAGACGGCAGGUUCAGCCGGGAGGCCAUCGAGAUGGUGUUUUCCAACGAAAGCUGUGGCAUGGUGAAUCGAGGGGCGAGGGCGAAGGAGGGAAUAACUUACGACGUCGGAUCCGACAGAUGGGCCGAGAUGCCUGCUGGCUCUUGUUGGCUGGGUCGGUCCGCGGCGGUCGUCGAAGACGGCGGCCGAUUUUUUUUUCGCCGCCGGAGGGGAGGAGGGUUGUCGCGCUGCACGUGUUGCCCAGGAUGA